AUCUAAGGCGGGGCUUGAGCUUGUCAGAGGGUAGAGAGAAGGGCUUGCUGGGCGGAGAGGAGGAGCCAAGAACGUUCUAUUAGGGCGGCUUAGGGAGUCUCUAAGGAAACGUGGCGCGCGGCAGCGGGGGUGUGUGUGUGUCUGAGUGGGGAUGCAGGAUUCGGCAUCUUUGGGAAGCAGGCGGGUCCAUUCUAGAGGAGAGGCGGGGUCUAGAGGAGAGGGCGGGGCCUACGGGAAGGGACAGCAGGAGGAGGGAGCGGCGAGAGCUGUCAGCUGACCGCACCGCCAUUUUGUCCGCCAUUUGCAAUCUGACUGGAGUGGGAGCACUGAGGAAAGAAGCCAGCAGGCAGCGAGCCGGCGCCGGUACCACCGUCGCCGCCGCCGCCGCCGCCGCCGCCGCCGCCUGCCCCGUGCUGCCCCCGUCUGGGAUGUGACCGUCUGUGGUUCGGCCCCCUGCCCUUUUUUCCUUCGGAGCGCUCUCGGCGGCAGACCCAGCCCGGAGACCCCAGCCAGUCAGCCAGCUCCCGGCGCCCCCAGCCCCGGCCCGGGCUCCGUCCGCCGUCGCGAUGGCGCUGAAGAUGGUGAAGGGCAGCAUUGACCGCAUGUUCGACAAGAACCUGCAGGACCUUGUCCGCGGUAUCCGGAACCAUAAGGAGGACGAGGCCAAAUAUAUCUCUCAAUGUAUUGAUGAGAUCAAACAAGAAUUGAAGCAAGACAAUAUUGCAGUAAAAGCGAAUGCAGUCUGCAAGCUUACCUAUUUACAGAUGUUGGGAUAUGACAUCAGCUGGGCUGCUUUCAACAUUAUUGAAGUAAUGAGUGCUUCAAAGUUUACAUUUAAGCGAGUUGGUUAUCUAGCUGCUUCUCAGUGCUUUCAUGAAGGAACUGAUGUAAUUAUGCUGACUACCAAUCAAAUUCGAAAGGACCUGAGUAGCCCCAAUCAGUAUGAUACUGGAGUUGCACUGACUGGUUUGUCCUGUUUUGUCACUCCAGAUCUAGCCAGAGAUUUGGCAAAUGACAUCAUGACUCUGAUGUCACACACGAAGCCUUAUAUCAGGAAGAAGGCUGUGCUGAUCAUGUAUAAAGUGUUCUUGAAGUACCCUGAGUCCCUCCGUCCUGCCUUCCCUCGCCUGAAAGAGAAGCUUGAAGAUCCUGAUCCCGGUGUGCAGUCUGCGGCAGUGAAUGUCAUCUGUGAGCUGGCCAGACGAAAUCCCAAAAACUACCUUUCCCUUGCUCCAUUAUUUUUUAAGUUGAUGACUUCUUCAACUAAUAAUUGGGUCCUCAUUAAGAUUAUAAAAUUGUUUGGUGCUCUUACUCCCUUAGAACCAAGAUUGGGAAAGAAACUGAUUGAACCCCUCACCAACCUAAUACAUAGCACUUCUGCCAUGUCUCUUCUCUAUGAAUGUGUGAACACAGUGAUAGCAGUUUUGAUAUCUUUGUCUUCCGGAAUGCCCAAUCACAGUGCCAGCAUCCAGCUUUGUGUUCAGAAAUUAAGAAUAUUAAUAGAAGAUUCAGACCAAAAUUUAAAGUAUUUGGGAUUACUUGCUAUGUCCAAAAUCCUGAAAACUCAUCCUAAGUCUGUUCAGUCCCAUAAGGAUCUCAUUCUCCAGUGUUUGGAUGACAAGGAUGAAUCUAUUAGGCUCAGAGCAUUAGAUCUUCUAUAUGGAAUGGUAUCGAAGAAGAACUUAAUGGAGAUAGUGAAGAAAUUGAUGAUUCAUGUGGACAAAGCAGAAGGGACAACUUACAGGGAUGAGCUGCUGACCAAAAUCAUUGACAUAUGUAGUCAGGCCAACUACCAGUAUAUCACCAACUUUGAAUGGUACAUAAGCAUUCUGGUAGAGCUUACCCGCUUGGAAGGAACCCGACACGGUCACCUCAUUGCUGCCCAGAUGCUGGAUGUUGCUAUCCGAGUUAAAGCCAUUCGGAAAUUUGCUGUUUCCCAAAUGGCCAUGCUUUUGGACAAUGCUCACUUGAUAGCCAGUAACACCCAAAGGAAUGGAAUCUGUGAGGUGCUUUAUGCUGCAGCCUGGAUCUGUGGAGAAUUCUCUGAACACCUACAGGAGCCUCAUCAGACUCUGGAAGCCAUGCUGAGACCUAAAGUCACCACUUUACCAGGUCACAUCCAAGCAGUAUAUGUGCAAAAUAUGGUGAAGUUAUACGCAUCAAUUCUGCAGCAGAAGGAACGAAGUGAGGAAAAGGAGGGCGCCCAGGAAAUCACUCAGAUGAUGAUUGAUCGGCUUCCUCAGUUUGUACAGAGUGCUGAUCUGGAAGUUCAAGAAAGGGCAUCUUGCAUCUUGCAGUUGAUUAAGUAUAUUCAAAAGCUACAAACAAAGGAAGUACCAGUGGCAGAAGAGGUGAUUGCCCUGUUUGCUGGAGAACUGAACCCCGUGGCUCCAAAGGCACAGAAAAAAGUUCCUGUCCCAGAGGGUCUGGACCUAGAUGCUUGGAUUAAUGAACCUCCUUCAGAUAGUGACUCUGAAGAUGAAAAACCCAAAACCAUUUUUCAUGAUGAAGAACAAAGACAUUCUAAGCAUCGACAACCUGAGAUUGAUGAAGAGGAGUUGGCCAGGCGCCGGGAAGCACGGAAACAGGAACAAGCCAACAAUCCAUUUUAUAUCAAAAGUUCACCAUCACCUCAAAAGCGAUAUCAGGAUACUCCUGGAGUUGAGCACAUACCUGUGGUCCAGAUUGAUCUCUCAGUUCCCUUGAAAGUUCCAGGUAUUCCUAUGUCAGACCAGUAUGUAAAGCUUGAAGAAGAACGGAGACAUAAACAAAAACUUGAGAAAGACAAGAAAAAGAAAAAGCAAAAAAAGGAAAAGAAAGGCAAGCAUCGCCGGCACAACUCACUUCAUACUGAAAGUGAUGAAGACAUAGCCCCUGCACAGCAGGUGGAUAUCAUCACUGAAGAGAUGCCUGAGAAUGCACUUCCAAGUGAUGAAGAUGACAAAGAUCCCAAUGAUCCCUAUAAGGCCCUGGACAUAGAUUUGGAUAAGCCCUUAGCGGAUAGUGAAAAACUACCAGUCCAAAGACAUAGAAAUGCAGAGACCCCAAAAUCCCCUGAAAAAGAAGAAAUUCCUGUGAUAGAAAAGAAGAACAAAAAACCGAAAAAGAAAGAGAAGAAACACAAAGAAAAAGAGAGAGAAAAAGAAAAGAAAAAAGAGAAAGAAAAAGAGAAAAAGGGGGAAGACUUAGACUUCUGGCUUUCUGCUGCUCCUUCGCCUGCCUCCACAGCACAGUCAUCUAUAGAACCCAGUAUAAAUACAGUUAUGGCUGUGGCUGAAGGCUAUGAGGAGCCUAAAAAAGAAGAGAGAGAAGAUGAAGACGAGGAUGAAGAAAAAAAAUCCUCCAAACAUAAGAAGAAAAAGCAUAAGAAGGAGAAGGAAGAGAAGUCCAAGGACAAAAAGAAAUCCAAAAAGAAAAAGCAUCCAAGUGAAGAUGAACAAGUGGAGGCUAUACAAAAUGGCACUCUUGAUGACGAGCCCCUUCCGCCUAUGUCCAGUUACUGCCUUCUAGCUGAAAAUUCUUUUAUUAAAAUGACAUACGACAUUCAAGGCAAUCUCCAGAAGGAUAGUCAGGUGACUGUGUCCGUUAUUUUUGAGAACAAGAGUGGUAGUUUCCUAAAAAGCAUGGAACUAAAUGUGCUGGAUUCAUUGAACACCAAAAUGGCUCGACCAGAAGGAGCCUCAGUGCACGAUGGAGUCCCUGUGCCUUUCCAGCUGCCCCCUGGAAUCUCUAAUGAAGCCCAGUUUGUGUUUACUGUUCAGAGCAUCAUCAUGGCACAGAAGCUAAAAGGGACGCUGUCCUUUAUAGUCAAAAAUGACGAAGGCUCCACCCAUGAAAAGCUAGAUUUCAAAUUACACUUCAGCUGCACCUCAUACUUGAUCACCACACCUUGCUAUAGUGAUGCUUUUGCCAAGUUGCUGGAGUCUGGUGAGCUGAGCAUGAAUUCCAUAAAAGUUGAUGGAAUUAGUAUUUCUUUCCAACACCUACUGGCGAAGAUUUGUUUUCACCAUCACUUUUCAGUUGUGGAACGAGUUGAUUCCUGUGCUUCCAUGUACAGCCGUUCUAUCCAAGGACAUCACGUCUGCCUGUUGGUGAAGAAGGGAGAAAAUUCUGUAUCGGUGGAUGGGAAAUGCAGUGAUUCCACCCUACUCAGCAAUUUGUUAGAUGAAAUGAGAGAAACAUUGGCAAAUUGUUGAAUGGCCCCUUAUAUCCCGCCUCUGCAGAAGGCGCACCAAGGACAGCUUGCAAGUGUUACAUUUCUCCCUUGUCCGCAUGUACUAGACUGGGCACAUGCUUUUAAUUUAAUGUCACAAUCGCCUGCAUUUAGACAUCCCAAGGAUGUAGGUCAUAUUGGUUUCUUUUAUUUUAAAAUUUUUUCACUUUGAACCUUUUUACCAAUUGUAGCAAUAACCCUUUCAGCCUCAAAACUUUUCGAAAUCUAAAACUGCCCAGAGUCUGUAUCCAGCUGUUUUCCAUAGUCUAGUUAUAUCUGUCCCCCAUGAUUUUUGGGUGCUAGAACCCCUAACUAGCCACAGAGGGGCCCCUAUGGCAGUAGCUGUGUCAGUAGAUUCUUAAGAAGGGAACUUAAGACAAGACUGAAGAAUUUCCCUUCAGGGCAGUAAGGAGUAUGCAUGUAACAGGCUAGCAUGCAGACAGGAUUCUCCCUGAACCCUUUGCUGUACACAUAUUUGAUCCUGAUUUUUGAGUAAUUGGAGGUUCGGUAGGGGUGCCAGGGAGUGGAGGAGGAAGCAAGGGGAGAGAAAGUUCAGCUGACUUGGACUUCUCUUCUACUUUGGAGCAAAGCCUAGGGGCUGAAAAGAGUUAAAUUUCCUUUUUUUCCCCUCCCCCAUUCAUCUCAAAAUCUGUACCAUUAUAUAUUCCCUCUGGUGAUUUCUUGCUGAUGUGCUUCUGUAAAAUCCACCAAAACCUCACAUCAUUGAAAGAUAGAAUGUAAUAGCAAAGGAACUGGAAGUCCAAAAGGAUGUAUGGGUGUAGGUGUGUGCAGAGGUGUGGGCGUGUCUGUCUGGGUGUUGGGGUGUGUGUGUGUGUGUGUGUGUGUGUGUGUGUGUGUGUGUGUGUGUGUGUGUGUCCUUGACAGGAAAACCUCUUGUCACAUGAGGUUGACAAGUACUAUUUUAAAACUCCAAACCUUCUCCCCAGUCUGGAAGUUUUCAUUUGCCCCCAAAUGCAGUGCAUAAAUGAUGUAAUUGGGGUUCACUUUCCCCCUGUUCCUCAUAACUUCUGCCACAAUACUGAUUUUUCAUCGUAGAGUGGCUAGUAAAAACCCAGUGAGGUCCCAGAAAUCUCAGCUAUUGAUCCCUUUCUUGCCAAAAGGGAACUGCCUAGGGAAGAAAGGGCUCAGGUUUGGGUUUAGAGUAUGCCACUACAGAGACAGGAAGAAUAUUAGUGGUACUACAUGUGACAAUGGGAAGUAAUCAAAUAGAAUCAUUGAUAGCAAAAAGGGAUUGAUUGUUCUUGCUCUUGAUGAUGACCCUGUCAUACUCUUCAGUCUUGUUUCAGGGGAGGGUGUGGAAUUUUGAGAUUCUAUGCCAAUUUUAGGAGUGUAAUUUAGAGCCCUUUCCUCUCAUUUCAUUACUGGAACUGUGGUUUUUACAUGGUGCAACUGCAGCUGUCAAAAGGGUGUCCAGAAAGACAAGAAAGGGACAAACUCAGGUUGUUUGCACUUAAAUGUUCUUGGUAAUAUAUGAAAUGCCAUUCCAGAGGCUCAAGUAUUACCAACCACCUUCCAGGUGGAAAUUGUGAGGCCAGUGAGCCCAUGUAGUAACUUCUCCAAGGUGUAUAUGCUGUGAAGGGAAGCCCAGGGUAUCAUCAGUGUAUGCACAAAGAGGGAAGUCCUAGGCUUCUUUGCAAUAAGCUCCCGGCAUGAAAUUGUGUAUCUGCAAGGAGUUCUGCCUUAGCAGCAUUAAGGAGAUGGUGUUGGGAUCUAAGAAGCAUUAUUUGUUGUCUGAUUGCACUUGUCUAUGCCAGGAAUUGGUGGGCAACAGUUCAGUCAGCUGGUAAAGUGUCAUUUUGGUUUGGGACAACCAGCUUGUGUUAAAGACUGAACAUGUUACAAACUAUCAUCAAAGAUAAUGGUCCUUAAAGAAUGGAAAUUCACAUUUUCUUUUUCAUGGAUAAAAAACUGUCACUUUAGCAUGUAGAGUAUUCUCUAUUACAGAAUCCUGUGCAGUGAUUCUAGAAUUUUGAGACUGUAUGAUGUGUUAUAUUAAAGAAUUUAUUUGCUAUCAACAUUCCCUUACAAAGAAAAGAAAAACAUACCACAAGCUGCUGUAAUGAUUUUGUGUCAAGAUGAUCCAAUAAAAUUUCAAAACAGAA